AUAAGACCGCGGCGCGCUCCCGUGCUUGCGAUUGAACAGAAGGUGAACAGUGAAGCGAGACGUGACGUCUAUAUAAACAUGUCGAAUGUUAAAGAGGAGAGCGAAGACGUGAGGAUCGAACAAGUCUUCAUAAUAAAACAAGAAGAUCCUGAGGAACAAACAGACUUGACCUUUCGAUCUCCAGCCCAGAGCUGCACUGAAAGCUCUUCUGAAACCCGGAGGAAAACCUACUGGAGAAGAAUGGAUGUGGAGGGUUUAAUAUCGCUGGUGUCUGACAGGAGAGAACUUUUUGACCAAAACCACAUCGACUACAAACACAUCGACAAACGAGAAGCCCUGUGGCAGGAGAUUGCUGAGAAAAUAGGAUUUCACGUGGAUGAUGUUAAAACCAAGUGGAAAAAUCUACGAGACACCUACAUAAGGAAAAAAAGAGAAGAUCAGUGUACUGGUGAACAGACUCCCAAAAAGAAGAAAACAUGGAAGUUUAUGAAGAUGAUGGAGUUCCUCGCCACCUCGUCAGAACAACGAAGGGUUCACAGCAGUGUUAAGGAGAGCGCCGACGAAGUGGGAGACGGCAGCGAGAGUGAAAAAAGCCUCAGUAUUUCCGUAGAAUCUGCUGUCAGUUCCGAGCCUGUUCAGGCCAACUCCAAAAAACGCAAGCGCUCUGUGACGCCAGACUUUGUGGAAAAAUACCUGGCAGCGAAGGAGGUUCGGGACCGCGAGCGAGAGGAACGCAGGAAGCAGCGCAUGGAGGACGACAUUAGUUUAUUCCUCAUGAGUUUGGCACCAGUGAUCAGAAGAUUGCCCCCGUCAAAGCAGUCAUCCGUGAAGAUGCGCUUUCAUCAGGUUUUACAUGAGGUCGAGUACGGACUUUCAGACGCUAGCCAGCCUCCAUCGGCACAACACUGUCCUGAGUCCAACCACAGAGCGCCGACUCCAGAUACUCCACCAGUAUGAGCACACAGUCAGCUUUACAUGCCACAUAUUCACAUUCCAGUGUUCCUCUAGGCCAGGGGUCACCAAUCUCAGUCCUGGAGGGCCGGUGUCCCUGCAGGGUUUUGCUCCAACUUGCCUCAACAUACCUGCCUGGGUGUUUCAAGUGUACCUAGUAAGAGCUUAAUUAGCUUGUUCAGGUGUGCUUGAUUAGGGUUGGAGCGAAAAUCUGCAGGACACCGGCCCUCCAGGAACAAGUUUGAUGACCACUGCUCUAGGCCAAGGGUGGGCAAACUCUGUCCUGGAGGGCCAGUGUCCUGCAGACUUUAGCUCCAACACUAAUCAAACACACCUGAACAUGCUAAUCAGUGUCUUCAAGAUCAAUAGAAAUCUAUAAGCAGGUGUGUCUGAGUAGAGCUGGAGCUAAACUGUGCAGGACACCGGCCCUCCAGGACCGAGUUUGCCCACCCCUGCUCUAGGCACACCAGCAGUACAUAUUUUGAAAAUCUUCCUUAUCUGACCCACUGACUUCAGGUUUUGGAGUUUUUCUAAUGUUCUGAUGAGUUGAUUCAGGGGUGUUUGAUUAGGGAGAGGUUAAAAAUGUGGACUCUUGGUGUGCCUUCAGGAACAGGGUUGGGAAAUACUGGUUUAUUCAAUACAGUGAGAGAAUGUACAGACUAGUGUUUGGACAAGAUUCUUUGUUUUCUUAUUAUUUGUAUGUUUUAAUAUAUAACUUUCCUAUUUUGUUAUUAUUGGUUUACUCUUUAGGAUUCUAUAUUUAUCCUGUGAACAAUUUUAUAAUUUUUUUUUUUUUUUAUACUUUAGAUCAGGGGUCACCAACCCUGUUCCUGGAGAGCUACCUUCCUGCACAUUUCAGUUGCAACCCUGACCAAACACACCUGUUUGUAAUUAUCAAGUGCUGCUUUGGGUACAAUUAAUUGGUUCAGGUGUGUUUGAUCAGUGUUGGGACUGAAUUCUGCAGGAAGGUAGCUCUCCAGGAACAGGGUUAGUGACCCCUGCUUUAGAUUUUAAGAACAUAUACUUGGACAAAUAAAUACACAGUGUUGUCAAACUGUCUUUAAGUAGAUAAAUGGUGUUGAUGAUG